AUUUAGUUUCCUAUGGAAGGCCGUGCUCUUCAAUUGGCGGCACCGCAAGCCAAACCACGCAUGACUCCCACACGCAACCUCACUUUAAAGCUUUUCACUGCGCAUUCCUAAUUAGAGCUCCUGUCAUAUCGAGGAUGUUACGGACAGCAGCGUGCUCCUGACACAGAGACCACCUUGGACUAGUGUUGUUGCAGUGGGUUCUUAAAAACAGCAGAGUGCUGCUGAGGAUCUUUGACUAACGCUUACGGAAGCCCCAACCUUUAUGAACCCACGGAUCGGCUCGUGUCCCCACAAACCUCUGGCGGCCCAAGGGGUGGGGCCUCGUGCUAAUGCAUUGCAUGAUGUAUAGUUUAUUCAAGACAGGAAAAACAUCACAUGAGAAACACACAAAAUGAACAAGCGCUGCUGGGGAUGGCGAGAGUGACGUCAGAGUAAAAUAAAUGUCUUUUGUGUGUCAUUUUUUCGAAUAAAAUAAUUGCCCGUACUUGCAAAAUUGGUACGCAUUUUACGUGAAAUUCUACGUCGUUUUUUUUUACAAAAACAUUUAAAAGAACCGUCUAUGUUAUCACCGCUUCUGAAAGUUUCCCGCAGCCUGGCACCGCUCCAUGGGUGGGGCCCAACCUAGCCAACCCAGUGGACGGGAGCCACCGAUGUAGAGGAUCUUUGACUAGCAUUUUUUAUGCAGGUUCUUAAAAUCAGCUGAGUGCUGGAUUUUGGAUUAUGCUGGAGUUUAGAAAAUCAUUUUUACACUAAAAUUUGAGUCGUUUCUAUUUUUAUUUAUUUGCAUUAUUUACGGUGGCCUAGUGGUUCGCAUGUUGGCCACACUGUCACGAGGUAUGGAAGAUGUGGGUUCGAAUCUCUGUGUGGAGUUUGCAUGUUCUCCCCGUGUGUGCGUGGGUUUUCUCCGGGUACUCCGGUUUCCUCCCACAUUCCAAAAACAUGCAUGUUAGGUUAAUUGGAGACUCUAAAUUGUCCAUAGGUAUGAAUGUGAGUGUGAAUGGUUGUUUGUCUAUAUGUGCCCUGUGAUUGGCUGGCAACCACUCCAGGGUGUACCCCGCCUGUCACCCAAAAUCAGCUGGGAUAGGCUCCAGCUUACACCCACGACCCUAGCAAGGACCAGCGGCCCCUAGAAUCAACAUGGCCGCCUUGCCGCUGCUCCUCGCGCUCCUCAUCCGCGGCAUGGCGUCCGCCGCUCACCAUCCCCGCCUUCCCCGCCACCGGCCUUCAUGCCACAUGGUCCAGAUGAGCGUGGUGGUCUGCAGCAAUCUGAGCCUCACCGGGGCCCCUGUCAACCUACCCCCGGGUAUUGAAACGCUUGACCUGUCACACAACCAGGUGCAGAACCUCACCCGGGACACCCUGGCGUACCGCACGGACCUCCGUCACCUCAACCUCCACUCUAACAAGAUCCACUUCAUCCAGCCCGGACUCUUUGAAGACAUGACUAAUCUUAAAAUCCUGGAUCUGUCCAGGAAUCAUUUAAAUGUAUUUGCGCUUACCAAAAACAAAAUUGGGACUCUUGCAGCCGUGGAGACUCUCGAUCUGUCCAGUAACGGGUUGUAUACCGGGAUGUCCGACUUCUUAAUCGCAGACUCUCCAUCACUAGUGGAGCUGUCCUUGAACAGUAAUAGCAUCACCAAAAUAGCACAAAACACUUUCAGGGGAGCUUUGUCCUUGAGGAAAGUCAGUCUCCACAACAAUGUCAUUCUGGAGAUCGAAGAUGGUGCCUUUGACUCUCUGGAUUGUCUGACCGAGCUCGACUUGUCCAAGAAUUCCAUCACGUGUAUCACAGACUUCAAUCUGAGUCGGUUAAAAGUGUUAAACCUCAGCAAGAACAGCCUCGAGAUUUUCCAGAGCACGAGACUGACCGAUGUGUACGACCUGGUCUUUUUGGAUUUGAGCGAAAACAAGCUGCCUUGCUUUCCACUCCUCCCGGCAAACAACAGCAUCCAACAUCUGGACCUUUCACGCAAUCAGCUGCAGAGCGUCAACAUGACGGACACGCCAGAAAGAAAGACCCACGUGGUUUUGAAUCACCUGAGAUACUUGGACUUGAGUUACAACCAACUCAAGGACAUACCCCAGUCCUUUUUCCACACUAUGACAUCCCUGGAGGUCCUGAACGUGAGCAACAACUGUAUAGACUCAUUUUUGAUUGUUGACAAAGACCUUCUACCAGCAGUGAAGAUUAUCAACCUCAACUAUAAUUCCUUACAGAGACUUUCAUUCGGUGAAGCUACGCUACAAUCUUUGAAAGAGCUUUUACUACGAGGAAACGACCUUAGCACCCUUGAACAGCAAACACUCCAGAGACUUCCAAGUCUAAAUCUCCUGCAGCUUCAGGAGAACAACCUGAGAGUCUGUCCCUGGGAUACGAAGCCAUGCCCGUCAGACCACAACCGCCUCCAUCCUCCAGAUUGUGUCUAUUUCUCUUGCAUUCCCAAUCUGAAGUACCUUUACCUCUCACAGAACAACCUGAAGAGUUUACCUUUCAGUGCAUUUGCCGAUACCCCUCUGACCCUGCUGGACUUGUCCCUCAACCCCGGUCUGGAAAUGCAUCCAGACUCUCUGUCCGGUCUCGAGCACACCCUAGUCCACCUCUUCCUGAGAGAAAACAACAUUUCCAAGUUGAAUACGGAACUGUCCUCGCUGAGGAGCCUCAGACUCGUAGACCUGUCCACCAACCAGCUGACCAGUCUCCCCGCGUGGUCCAAAGAGUCAUCCAUCGAGACACUCAAUCUGCACAACAACAGCUUAGUCACUCUAGAGCACAGCACCAUGAUCGCUCUGGAACGCUCGCUAAAAACCCUCUAUGUGGGUUCCAACCCGCUCAGUUGCUGCGGCAACCUCGGCUUCCUGCAUUUGGUCCAACACUCGACCGUGGUGGUUCCCGACAUCGAGACGGUCACCUGCCUUCUACGGGAGGACUCGGAACCGGUCAAUAUAGAGAAAGUGAGUCGGGAAAUGUGUCAUAGUCCAAAGAAAGUGAACUAUAUUAUUGUUGUUGUCGUGUUUGUGUUGUUCGCAAUGAUCAUGUCGGGACUGAUGGUGAAAUACUGCAAGUCGAGGAAACGGAAGCAUGUCCGAAGGUUUAUCGCUUGAACAAUGUGUAUGAAGGGCUUUUUAUUCCUUGGGAGGAUUUUCCAAAGGGAUGUGAUGCCUCAAUUUGGGUUUAAAUCUCAAACUUGCACUAAAUUACGGAGGUUGGAUAAGACAGGAGCAACCAGAAAAUUAAAACAAUUUAUUUAGUUUUAAAAGUGACUGCAGUUUUUGGCCAGUUGUGUCUAGUUACGGUUCCCUGUUUGGUUUUGAUACAAAAAAUGUGAAAAAUUAACUUCGCUGCUGCUGGACCUUGAACAUGAACAAAAACGUAUUUGUCGUUUGAGACACUGCAACGCACCUCUUACCCAUACACUGCUUAUUAGCUUAGCUUAGCAUAGCAUAUCAUAAGGACUGCAACUGAAGGCACAUCAUCCAAAAGUGUGAAAGUUACAUUUUGUUAAAGAAAGACCCAAGUCUCUCAUGAAUUGAAGCUUGCUACUCGCCUCACUUUAGCAAAAAUCUGAUCAUGCUAAUUAUGUGGCGUUACAGUUUGAAGUAAUUAGCAGCAGCAACAAAAUCACUUGUUGACAUUCAGCCUAAACGCUGCAUUUUUCUUUAAAAAAACUAAGCUUACAACACUACAAAAGGUUAAUAUAAAACAAUAUAUACUGUUGUUAGAUGAAGAAGUAUAACAUCUGACUAGUCACAUGACUUGAUUGCACACUCCUUAUGUAGAUUGCACUUUACACUUCCUCUCGUGUGUGUGAUUGUAUCUUUUGUGAACACUACGGACUGAAUAAUGCUAAAAGUCAAUACAUAUAAUUUAUUUUUCUAUUAUAUAAGCCAAGCUGGACAUUUUAACUGUGUUUUGUUGAUAUUAGUAGCAGGUCUAUGGUUGUCCCACUACAUCUGUUAUGUAAUAUAGGACUGAUUGCCCCCAAUAAAAUACUAAGAUUGGUAUAAAUGUAUGGUGCAUAUAUGUUGAAACUCAAUGAUUGUGCUGUACUGUGGUGACACACUGACAAAAUGUGAUUAAACAUAAACCUGUGCACACUGUAUUCAGAGCUUCUUUGUCCUUCAUUAUUUGUAGUUUGUAGUUUGGACACCCCUGGUAUGGCGGAUCUUUGCCUCCCACAUUGUCAUUAUUCAUUAUUUGUAGUCCCAAGUAUGCCAACUUUUAAGUAAUUGUUGUCGUUAAAUAGCCUACAGUUCAAUAGCCUUGAUUAUACUGUCAUAUUUUUGUAGUGUAAACAUGAAGCUGAAAAAGAAAGCUGUGCAGAGC